CUCCUCGGCCUCGCCGCCUUCUUCGCGCCCGGCGCGGCGAUACUGCUGUACGCGCUCGUGAAGGGCAAGGGCAACCUGGCGGACGGCCUCAGCCGGCUGCUCACAGAGGUCAGCCAGGGCUACUUCCAACCAGACGUAGGCGGCAAGACCAUCCCAGUGGCGGAGGGGGAGCUGUCUGACCUGGCGGGGGACGAGCCGCUUUUCAAGGCGCUCUACAAGUG